AUGUUGUUCGGUCGGCUGUUUACGCUGGCUGCUUUUUCGGCAAGCCUAACGGCUGCUGUUGAACUCACCGGCUAUGAAUAUGUUGUUGUUGGAUCUGGAGCCGGCGGAGGCCCCCUUGCUGCUCGACUUGCACUGGCUGGACAUAAAACCUUAUUGAUCGAAGCGGGAGAUGACCAGGGUCUGAAUACCAACUAUACUGUCCCGGCCUACUCCGCCAAAUCAUCUGAAGAUGGAGCUAUUGCAUGGAAUUUCUUCGUGCGUCACUACGAAGAUGAAGCACGACAGGCUCGUGAUUACAAGACAACUUAUACGACUCCGGACGGUGAAGAGUAUACUGGUCUCAACCCACCCGAAGGAUCAACCAUGAAGGGCACUCUGUAUCCGCGUACCGGAACCCUUGGUGGAUGCACUGCCCAUAACGCUUUGAUCACAGUCUAUCCACAUGAGUCUGAUUUUGAGUAUAUUGCGACACUCACUGGCGACGGAUCAUGGUCGCCAGAUAACAUGCGCAAGUAUUUUGAGCGCAUGGAGAACAAUCAAUAUCUGUUGCCUGGAAUCCCCGGUCAUGGUUAUGAUGGUUGGUUAAGCGACGAGACUGCGCCUCUUAGCAUUGUGCUGGAAGAUCCUCAGCUUUUGAGCCUGCUCCUUGGUGGCGCUUUCGCCCUAGGUAAUAGUACCAAUGCUGUCUUCAACAUUGCGACCCUCCUCGCGGCCGAUGCCAAUAGGGACUCGAAAUCGCGCGACACCAAUCCUGGAUACUAUCAGAUCCCGGUGGCCACUGAUGGCGGCAAACGUAACGGACCACGGGAUUUUCUCAUUGCUGUGCGGGAUGCGAAGAAUUUAGACGGCUCUAAGAAGUAUCCUCUGGAUAUUCGCACCAAUUGCCACGCUACCAAGGUCAUCUUUGAUAGCUCAACGGGUACCCCUCGUGCAACUGGUGUCGAAUUCCUAGACGGCAAGUAUCUCUAUCGCGCCAGUCCGCGCUCGGGCACUGCUUCCAAGGGUGUUCCGGGUAGUGUAUCGGCAUCCCGUGAGGUUAUUGUGGCGGGUGGUGUAUACAACUCCCCGCAAGUUCUGAAGUUGAGUGGCAUUGGACCCGCAGAUGAGCUGCGCAAGUUUGGAAUCGAAGUGGUCAAAGAUCUCCCUGGCGUCGGAACCAAUCUUCAGGAUCACUAUGAAACUGCCGUACAAGGCCAUGUGCCCAAGAACUGGACGGCACUAGAUGGUUGCACGUUCCAAAUUGAUGGACAGGAGGACCCGUGUCUGACCCGUUGGGAUAACCCUAUUCUUGGAAACCGUGGCAUCUACUCGUCGGCAGGAUUUGCUACUACGAUGUUUUAUAAGAGCUCUGUCACUUCAGACGACAGCUACGACGCAUUCGUUUUUGGCGGCCCGAUCAACUUCCGUGGGUACUUCCCAAAUUACAGCAUCAAUAUUACCGAACGCCACGAUUGGUUCUCUUGGGCCAUCCUCAAAGCUCAUCCCCGCAACACUGCUGGCUCUGUCACGCUCCGCUCUGCUGAUCCUCUUGACAUGCCCGAAAUUGUCUUCAACUACUUUGACACCGGUAGCGGUGAUUACAACGCUGACCUUGAGGCGAUUACAGAAGCAAUUGCGCUUGCUCGGGAUGCUUUUGACCGCCAGUUGGUCGAUGUCACCGAAGUGCUACCUGGCAAAGACGUGACAUCUAACGAGGAUAUUCAUGACUAUAUUAUGGACACUGCCUGGGGUCACCAUGCUUCAUGUACUUGCCCUAUUGGUGCGGAUGAUGACCCAAUGGCAGUUCUGGAUUCAAAGUUCCGAGUCCGUGGGGUCAGUGGCCUUCGAGUAGUGGACGCAUCUGUGUAUCCUCGUAUUCCAGGUACUUUUACUGCGGUGUCAACUUAUAUGGUGGCUGAAAAGGCCGCGGAGGAUAUCGUGAAUGAUGCCAAGAACAACCAGUAG